GACCGAACGGCCGCUGGCAGGCGUUUCCUCUUGUGAGCCCAGGCGCCGAGACCAUGGGCAGCCAGGAGGUGCUGGGCCAGGCGGCCCGGUUGGCCUCCUCCGGUCUCCUCCUGCAGGUAUUGUUUCGAUUAAUCACCUUUGUCUUGAAUGCAUUUAUUCUUCGCUUCCUGUCAAAGGAGAUCGUUGGCAUAGUGAAUGUCAGAUUAACACUGCUUUACUCAACCACCAUUUUCCUGGCCAGAGAAGCCUUCCGCAGAGCUUGCCUGAGUGGGAGUGCCCAGCGGAACUGGAGUCAAACUCUUAACCUCCUGUGGCUAACAGUUCCCCUGGGUGUGUUUUGGUCCUUAUUCUUGGGCUGGAUCUGGUUGCAGUUGCUUGAGGUGCCUGAUCCAAAUGUGGUUGCCAACUAUGGAACUGGAGUUGUGCUGUUUGGUGUCUCAGCAGUGGUGGAACUUCUAGGAGAGCCUUUCUGGGUCUUGGCACAAUCAUACAUGUUCGUUAAGCUCAAGGUAAUUGCGGAGAGCAUGGCAGUCAUCCUCAGGAGUGUCCUGACAGCUUUUCUGGUGCUGUGGUUGCCUCACUGGGGUCUGUUCAUUUUCUCUCUGGCUCAGCUUUUUUAUACUGCAGUUCUGGUGCUCUGCUACGUUACAUAUUUCACAAAAGUACUGCGUUCCCCAGAAUUAACCAAGCAACAAACUCUUCCUGUUUCCAGAAUAACAGAUCUGUUACCUAAUAUUACUAGAAGCAGAACUUUUGUCAAUUGGGAAGAGGCUAAAUUGACGUGGAGUUUUUUCAAACAGUCUUUCUUGAAACAGAUUUUGACAGAAGGCGAGCGAUAUGUGAUGACAUUUUUGAAUGUGUUAAAUUUUGGUGAUCAGGGUGUAUAUGAUAUAGUGAAUAAUCUUGGGUCCCUUGUGGCCAGGUUGAUUUUCCAGCCAAUAGAGGAGAGUUUUUAUAUAUUCUUUGCUAAGGUGCUGGAGAGGGAAAAGGAUUCCACGCUUCAGAAGCAGGAGGAUAUUGCUGUGGCUGCUGCCGUUUUGGAGUCCCUUCUCAAGCUGGCCUUGCUGGUCGGCCUGACCAUCACUGUUUUUGGCUUUGCCUAUUCUCAGCUGGCUCUGGACAUCUAUGGAGGGGCCAUGCUUAGCUCAGGAUCAGGUCCUGUUUUGAUGCGUUCUUACUGUCUCUAUGUCCUCCUGCUUGCCAUAAAUGGAGUGACUGAGUGUUUCACAUUUGCUGCCAUGAGCAAAGAGGAGGUUGACAGGUACAAUUUCACCAUGCUGGCGCUGUCUUCUUCCUUUCUGGUGUUGUCUUAUCUUCUGACCAGUUGGUGUGGCAGUGUGGGCUUCAUUUUGGCCAACUGCUUUAACAUGGGCAUUCGGAUCACACAGAGCCUUUGCUUCAUUCACCACUACUUCCAAGGGAGUGCACAUAGGCCCCUGGCCGGCCUGUACCUGUCACCAGUCCUCCUUGGGGUGUUUGCCCUCAGUGGUGGGAUUACUGGUAUUUCAGAGGCAUUCCUCUGCUGUGAGCAGGGCUGGCCCACCAGGCUGGGACACAUCAUUGUGGGGGCCAUCUGCUUAGGAGUGACCCUUGGGACAGUGUUCCUCACAGAGACCAAGCUGAUCCAUUUUCUCAGGACUCAGUUGGGCCGAACCAGACUCACUGACAAAAUGAUAUGACUUAAGUGAUGCUUGAACACUUGUGGUACCUGGACCUACCAUGGGGAGAUUCUUGAACAGAACGUGUUGCUGUGCAAAAGCCCUGCUGAGGGCUCUGCAGUGGAAUUAGAGCCACCCUGGAGGUGAAACCACAGAGGAAGUAUCGUCCACUUGAAGUCUUCCAGCCAAAGGAGGAAUGUCUUUUUUAAGUAAAAACCCAAGAGUCCUUUUAAAAGAGACACAAUUCUUUUGCCAUUUUGUUCUAAUCUGCAUUUUGCCUAUUAAUGAAUUAAUCUCCUUCAAGAAUGAUCACCUUUUGAAGCUACAUGCUCCAACAAACUCUGUCUUGGAUGUUAAUAAGAAUCAUCAUUUGGCCAAGAAAAGGAGAUAUAGCCACUGACCCUUCACAGGAAUAGUUUUUCUGUACAAGAGGCAUGAGCCCUAGUGUAACACACCAAACAGGAACAAAGCGUAGCCUCAGA